AAACAAAGCAGCAGAGUCCAUCUCGCAAAGCCUUUCUCUCUCGGCGGAAGCUGUUUUUGUCUAAAUUUCGAGGAUUUGGUGGGUGAUUUUUAGCGGGUUUUAAAGUUUUCGGUGAUUUUUGUAUGGUGGCAGUGAAAGAUGGCUUCUCAUCCAAAAGUUCACGUAUUCGAAGAGGUGGUAAAGCACAACAAGAACGAAGAUUGCUGGAUUAUUAUUGCUGGGAAGGUGUAUGAUGUGACGCCAUUCAUGGAUGAUCAUCCCGGAGGCGGUGAAGUUCUGCUAGCUGCAAUUGGGAAAGAUGCAACAAAUGAUUUCGAAGAUAUUGGUCACAGUGAUUCAGCCAAGGAUAUGAUGGAGAAGUACUACAUUGGUGAGAUUGAUCCAUCAAAUAUCCCAUUGAAACGGAUUUCCAUCCCGGCACAAGGGGGUCGAAAGAAUCCUGCCAAGUCAUCCGAUUUCGUGAUCAAGAUUUUACAGUUUCUGGUUCCCCUUUUAAUCUUGGGGUUGGCCUUUGCUGUCCGUAACUAUACCAAGAAAGAGUAGAGUACCUAGUUGAAUAGUUGAAAUUUACAAUUGCUCGUUUCAGUUAUGUCGUUCUUGCUUUACGCCAUUGUUCAUCCGAGUAUCAGUCGGUUUCUAGCGUCUGUUUGACAGAUUGUACAAUGGUUGAUUUAAAAUUAAAGGAUUGUUCUUGUUGUUAUUUCCAUAUGAA